GACGUUGCAUGUCAACAAAUAACCGCGCAAAUUGUAGGCGAAGCGGCACUUUCAACACUCCCGAUUUGAUAUUUUCGUGAUUUUUAUGUGUGUUUGAGUAAAACUAAGUGUUUCUAUCAGUCCUCAAGAUCCGGUAAAAUCAUGCAGGCGUUUUUGAAAACCGGCCGCACAACUGGAGAAAGCGUUUCCGCCGGUACAGGUAGUGAAAGCAGCACAACAUCAACCAAGCGAGCCAAACAUAGCGUACCAUGGGUAGAAAAAUACCGCCCCAAGAGUGUUGAUGAUGUGGUGGAACAAGCGGAGGUGGUUGCCGUCCUUCGCGAAAGUCUCUCCACCACGGAUCUACCGAAUUUGCUGUUGUAUGGGCCGCCCGGUACCGGCAAAACGAGUACAAUCCUUGCCGCGGCGAGACAGCUGUUUGGUGAUAUGUUCAAAGAACGCAUACUCGAGCUGAAUGCAUCCGACGAUCGUGGAAUAGCGGUGAUUCGGAACAAAGUGAAAACGUUCGCACAACUGACGGCCAGCGGUACCAGGACGGACGGCAAGCCCUGUCCACCGUUCAAGAUCGUUAUUUUGGACGAGGCAGAUGCGAUGACACACGCGGCCCAGGCUGCCCUGCGUCGAACUAUGGAGAAGGAAACGAAAACCACUCGGUUCUGUUUGGUUUGUAACUACGUGUCACGGAUAAUUGAGCCGAUCACUUCCCGCUGUACCAAAUUUCGUUUCAAACCACUGGGUGAAGAGAAAAUUAUUGAGCGUUUGAGGUACAUUUGCGACCAGGAAGGCGUCAGAGUGGAUGAAGACGUGUAUAAGGACAUCGUCAACAUUUCCGGUGGCGAUUUGAGACGAGCCAUUACCACACUGCAAUCGUGCCAUCGGUUGAAAGGCACUCAGGCGCGUAUCGAACGGCAGGACAUACUGGAAAUGUCCGGUGUGGUGCCGGAGCGCUACCUGGAGGAAUUUAUAUCGGUUUGCAAAAGCUCCAACUACAGCAAGCUGGAAGAAUUUGUUCAAAACCUUGCUUACGAUGCGUACAGCGUUGGGCAGCUGUUUGAACAGCUGACCGAGUACAUAGUGUACAACGAUGGGCUCACGGAAAAGCAGAAGGCUGUUAUCUGCGAAAAACUUGGCGAAUGUUGCUUCCGGCUGCACGGCGGAGGCUCGGAAUAUAUUCAGAUAAUGGAUUUGGGAUGCGUCACAAUUCAAACCCUCAAGGACCAAUGAACGUUCGCCAAUAAAAUAGUCGAUUAAGCUCCACUUCGCUAUUUCCCCCA